AUGGAUGCAGCAGAUUACACUCAAAGGUUAGAGCGCGCGGUAAAGAGUGCCAAGGGCAUAGAGGAGCUGGAAGCCCCAGUACCUCCUGACACCGUCUCGAUAGUUUUCACGACAGAGAUCAUUCAGCCAACAAGGCUGAUGAGAGUCCCUGUCAGCGACGAGGAAGACGAUGGGGCAGAGUCACCUGAAGGUAACUGGAAGGUUGUGCCUCCCCAAGCAAGGUUCUUGUCUGGGAUCCUGGACGGCUGUCCAGCAUGGGUGCAAAGAGAUGAGGCCGCCCUAGAUGCUUAUGACAGAUUGGUUGGCGAAGCUAUUGGGAGUAUGACUCCCGCCGACAUCUCUGACGUCCAGCUGGGAUCAGAGACUACCUGCGAAGAUUUCGUAAGAGACACAUGCCAACAAGAGCAUAGUCUGUUCCGGCAUGCCGCGUUCGACGUAGCCAAUCGGCUCUCGACUACCCAACAAGCCGGUACGAAUGAGGCGAUGCUGGGUAAUACAGAAGCAGGCGACAACGAAGAGGAUGGGAGGCCUGUGGAUGGACAACUUCUGGUGGAUGCGGUCUUGCUUGAGCCUACCAUGUAUAGUGUCUAUUUUGAUCGACCGAUCGUGGAUGCCGCAAACUAUGCAAGAACGCAGGAAUAUAAGGAAUCCAUUGAGAGGGGUCUCGCGACGAUGCGAGGGGAUGAGCGCGGGCCGGAGGAUCGUGACGACGGCAUAGAUGAUGCUGGCGGUGAAUCCGAAAACGAAGGGGUAUGGGGGACAUAUAGACAACAUGAUGACACCAGCAUGAUCGAGUAG